UCACAGGUCAGCGUCGGAAUGACGUCAACGGCUUGACGCCCUCAGAGACGCUCUGAGCGACAGACUGUACCCGGAGCCCGGGGCUAUUCGGGAUUCACUCUGCACAUUGAGCGCUUUGAACUGUCCGGGUUGUGUUGUGCCCAGCCGCCUCACUGAGGUAACCCGGUGUAUGUUUGGAGUGCACCCUGGAGGAGCGGAGCAGACGUGACGGGGGGAAGAACACGGAGUUACCUGACGGACUGUCCGCUCCUGUGACGGGACUGGAACUGGAGAGACAUGGGAACCGUUCUGGGAGCCUUUUCCCUCGCAAGCUGGGUGCCGUGCCUGUGCAGCAGUGCAACCUGUCUGAUGUGCAGCUGCUGCCCGAGAACCAGGAACUCCACGGUGACCAGGAUCAUCUACGCCUCCAUCUUGCUGCUGGGGACCAUCGUUGCCUGCAUCAUGCUGUCGCCGGGUGUGGAUGAGCAGCUGAAAAGGAUCCCAGGCUUCUGUGAAGACGGGGCUGGCUCUUCUAUCCCCGGCCUGCAGGCCGACGUCGACUGUCAAAUGUUCGUGGGCUACAAGGCAGUGUACCGCAUCUGCUUUGGCAUGAGUAUGUGGUUCCUGGUGUUCGCCGUUCUUAUGAUUAACAUCAAGAACAGCAGAGACCCCCGAGCCACCAUCCACAAUGGAUUUUGGUUCUUUAAGUGUGCUGCCUUGGUGGCCAUUACAACCGGUGCCUUUUACAUCCCAGAUGGGCCUUUUACAUACACGUGGUUCGUCGUCGGCUGCGUUGGAGCUUUCUGUUUCAUUCUAAUCCAGCUGGUGCUGCUGGUGGACUUUGCCCACUCCUGGAACGAGUCCUGGGUGGACAAGAUGGAGACUGGCAACUCCCGGUGCUGGUAUGCAGCUUUGCUCGCAGUCACAAUCCUCAACUACAUCCUGUCAUGUAUUGCUGUCGUGCUGUUCUUCGUCUUCUAUACCAAGCCUGAUGGAUGCUUCCUCAACAAGUUCUUCAUCAGCUUCAACAUGUUGUUCUGCAUCGUGGUCUCUGUUGUCUCUGUGCUGCAUAAAGUACAGGAGUCCCAGAAACGUUCAGGUAUUCUCCAGUCCUCCAUCAUCACCCUGUACACCAUGUAUCUCACGUGGUCUGCCAUGACCAAUGAGCCUGACAGAACAUGUAACCCCAGCCUACUGAGCAUCUUCCAGCAGAUUGCGGCCCCCUCACCUGAACCCCUGGAGAUAGAGAACCAGACAGCCGUGGUGAUCAUCGGCACAGAGGAACCAGUCCUGACAUCCCCGUACCUGCAGUGGUGGGAUGGCCAGAGCAUCGUGGGGCUCGCUAUAUUUGUCCUGUGCAUCCUCUAUUCAAGCAUUCGUACAUCCAGCACCACCCAGGUGAACAAGCUGACCAUGGCCUCCAAAGACUCGGCCAUCCUGGCUGAGGACGGCAGCAGCCCUGACCUCUCCACAGGACCCAGGCGGGUGGAAGACAAUGAGCGCGACAUGGUCCAGUACAGCUACUCCUUCUUCCACUGCAUGCUCUUCCUGGCCUCACUUUACAUUAUGAUGACCCUCACCAACUGGUACAGCCCCGAUGCAGACUACACCAUAACCAGCAAGUGGCCAGCAGUGUGGGUGAAGAUCUCCUCCUGCUGGCUGUACUUGGCCCUGUACACCUGGACCCUGGUGGCCCCCUUGAUCUUUACCAACCGAGACUUCAGCUGAUCAGUGACUCCACCUUGUCCUCCACACACCAGAAACUCUGACCAUAUUGCCUACAUCUUACUCUCAAAAUUAACUCUCAUUUUAUACAUUUGACCAGACUUUAGUUUCAUUAUUUCAGUUUAACAAUUAGGUCUGGUUUAGAGGUGCCAUACCAGCUGUUUCAGGUCCAGGCAUUUACUGUUGUGAAAACAUCCCAUUUAUUUGUGUACAUUUGUAAUGUGAACUGAAAAAUAAUAAAUUAAUUACAAAUAUAUUCACUCUGCUUAGAAAUACGAAUGUAUUACAGUAAUAAUAAUGAGGGUUUGUAAACUGCACGUAGUAAGCCUAUAUAGUUUAAUGCUACGCCUUCCAAUGCCUUAUACUCUGUCAAAUGUUUCAGAUAUGUGAAUAUAUGAGGAGUAAUAUGAAAUACAUGAGUGGAGAAGUAAACUGUUGUUGGUAAACAUGGCACAUUCCUGCAAUCUGAAUCAAUGUCAAAUUCCUGAUGAAUAUUUAUGGUCCAAGAUAUUCAACGUAAAGGUGAGAUGUGAUUGUUUCAGGUACACACAGAUAGAAACUGAUAUGAUAUGAGUGAUGAUAUUAGUUUUCUCUGUGCAUCAUUGUAUGACUCCAAAUAGUAUGUAAUUGCUUUUAAUGUGUAUUAUUAUUUUACUUGCAAAGAUAUUAUGCCAUCUUUUUUUAUCUAAGAAUUAAGUUUUGUAAGAAAUGUCUGGGAAUUCUAAUUGGAUGGUUAAAUAUGUGUAAGAAUAUGAAUGAGACUUAUGUGAUAUAAACGCUGACCAAAUGCCUUGAUGCCAAAGUGAUUUACUGUCGUCAGUAUAUGCUCCUGCAGUUUAUGUUUAGAUUUACAUUUUUCUUUUGCUUUGACUCCGUUUUCACAGCGAGAUAGCUGCAAAACUCAACACAAAUAAAUGAUCUGGUGCAACGUG